UGUUGCAAUCACCCUUCUCUACCGCCGAAAACUGGUCUCUACAUACACUGUAAACAAACUAGUUCUAGGGAAUCCCUCCUAAAAAUUGAAGUUGCGCCUAGGAGACUGAACUUGUACAACUUGGCUACAUUUGACAAGCUAUUAUUUGAAAUUUUAUUUUGAAUACUGCAACCGAGCUACGAUUGUGAAAUAUUUUUUGCAGUGGAAAUUUUAAAGACGCAUCACAGCUGCGCGUUGAUUUGUUGGUGUCUAGGUGUGGAUAGGCUAACGUUCGUAGUAGCUGUACUGCAUAGUGUAGCCACGUUGCACAAUGGCAAACACCGGUAGUGUAAAACCGUCCCCCUGCUUUUAGGCAGGAUCGGCCAUAGACCCUGGCUAUCCUGCAGUGGGAACAGCGCACAUAAAUUGGGAGGAAGGUAUAAAGAAACAUCCGAAGGAGUUUGGAAGUGAUCAGCGUGUGGUAACGUUUAAAGACUGGGUCGACAACAGGCUACGUGCGGCGAUCGACCAAGGGAAUCCUCAUCCGUCCGUCCAACGACCGCACAGUACAGGUUUGCGUCACCAACUUGCAACGGAGUGGUUGCGUUCGUCUGAACGAGUUUACCCGAUUUAAGAAAAGGCAGACGGAUCGACAGUUGUGCGCUGUUAUAAACCCUGAACUGCUCAGCCAGAAUCUUGGUUGGUCUGCCAAAAAUCGAACUAUUUUCAUUCUUUUUCUUACAUCGCGUGCUUUUGAAAUAAUUUUAUCUGCGCCAUACUUGGAUGUUGACAGCAGUGUGCAUCCGUUGGAUAUUUCGCAACCUCGUGUCACCACAAGUACGUGCGAUUCUCAGCUGUGUAAUCUAGUAAUUUUCUCUUUACGUCGAAGAGGAAUUCUUGGUUACUCCUACCAACGUGAAAACUUCACCUGACAUACUUCGUUUUUAAGUGACUUUAUAUUUCUUGCAAGAACAUACGUCAUUACACAGUAUUAUCGUCUGCAACAGUAAGUUGUCAACGGAAAUAUUUACAUUCAAGAACUCGGGAACCAGAAAACUUUGUCGAAUUUUGGAAGGGUUUUAAUUUUAGAUGAACAUCCAGCGUUCAACCCCUAUCCAAAUUCAACAUGGACCAAAACACUUCGUGCCAUACGACUCACCACCCGAUUUAACUUUUAAUUCCAUAAGUCCGAAUUUACAGGCUAACAGCCCUCCCCAGUUCACUGAGAAUGACUGUACUCAUGUCAUUUCCAAAAUUGGAAGAUACAUAUUGGUGGAGCAACUGGAGAAAAAUCAAUAUAAAUCCAUCGAUACUUUGACUCAGGGUGUAUUUCUUUGUAAGGUUUUUGAAGUUAGUAGAUACCAAGAGUCUCUAGCAGCUUAUUUCCGACUUGAACAACAUGAGAACAUUAACCACAUUGUGGAAAUCCUUCUUGGGGAUACCUAUGCAUACGUAUUCUUUGAAUGGAGUUAUGGUGACAUGCACUCCUAUGUGCGCAGCAAACGCAGAAUCAAGGAAGAGGAGGCUAGUCGGUUGUUCUAUCAAAUCGCAUCAGCAGUUGCCCAUUGUCAUGAAUCUGGUAUCGUCCUCCGUGACUUGAAAUUGCGCAAGUUUGUUUUCAAAGACAAAGAGAGAACAUCGUUAAAAUUAGAAAGUUUGGAAGACACUUAUGUAUUGGACAAUGAUGAUGAUUCGUUAACUGAUAAACAUGGUUGCCCCGCAUACGUCAGUCCAGAGAUCCUUAAUGCCAAUUGCUCCUAUUCUGGUAGAUCUGCGGACGUCUGGAGUUUGGGCGUCAUGCUGUAUACUAUGCUGGUUGGGCGUUAUCCAUUCCACGAUACAGAGCCUGGGGCUCUUUUCAACAAGAUUCGUCGUGGCAAGUUCUCUAUGCCAGAGUCACAGUCUUCAAAAGCUCGGUGUUUGGCUCGCAGUAUUAUGCAGCGUGAUCCAGCAGUUCGGCUAACAGCGAGGGAAGUACUGGAUCAUCCGUGGUUCCAUGCAACGUAUCACUUGUCUAAUCAGAGCCGUGCUGAUCGCAACAAACCUCUGGAUCAGAUGGUGCCUGAUAUGUGCAUGUCUGAUGAUAGUCAAUUCUUCUCUUAAAGGAGGAUGCAAAUCCAUGGAAACCAACUAGUACACUCGUUUUUGUCCUGGUUGUACAGGAUUUAGUUUCAUUCUAGUAUACUAUAUAUAGCAUCAGACACUGGCAUAGAAUGAAGAAUGCAGAAAAAAACCUGCACUGUUUAAAAAAACAAUUAUUAUUAAGUAUACAUGUAAUGUAACAUGGUUUUGGAAUUCUGUAUCACAUCACAUAUUGUCUGUGUUGCAGGCAUUCCCAGUACUGUCAACAAUUACUAACAGUUGAGAUAGCAUUAUUCAUAAUAGUAUCCCUAUAGACUCAAAUAAGAGACUGGGUGUACUGUAUGAAAGAAAGAAAGAAAGAAACAAUGAAACUUCAAACUAUGAAUCAGGUGUUGUAAAACUACUAGACACAAUUAUUAUAACUUCCCACAUUGCUGGUGCACAAAACAUCCAUUUAAAGCCAAAGUAGGGAAUAUUUGGCUGUAUGGGACAGCUUGUCGUGGUAGAACAGCCACAUGGAGUACAAUGUAAAUUUACUAAAGAGUUUUAACAGAAAACUUGACAAAAAUGCAAUUGCUUUGUAAUAUAGCUUCUAUUUGUAAGAACUGGAGUUCAAGAGAAAAUUUCGCUUGUAAAAAUUUGUUGCGAAACAACAAUUAAUCAGACUGUUCUGACUUAAAUUUUGUUGUAAUAUAUAUGAUUUAAACUUAUCAAUGUACAGUGUAAUUUUGUGUGAUGUGCACCCUCAACUGAUGAGUGCCACCUCUACUCAGUAAGUGGAUGAAUCCAUGUGAAGAGACCGUACUUGUUAAUGCAGGUACUAUUGCACAUCUGGCUUGUUGCUACACUAUAAAGUAUUUGGUCAAUAUAUUUGAGCUGUCUAACCUGAUAGCCAGCCAGUACAGGAACUAAUACAACAUGACCAUGCGUUGUAAUUGAACCUUUGAAAUGUGAACUGCAAACAUUCCUAGAAUGUCUGCUGGAAUGUCCAAUAUUGUUGGCAAAUAGAUGGUCACUAACUCUCGGGAAUUCACUUUAUUCUACAGUUGUGCAUCCUCCCACAGUGUUGAUUUCCCAUUCUUUAUUGCAAGUAAUGUUCAUUUAUUUUAAUUUAUCUGGUGUUAGAUGUGUGUACUGGUUUAGUUGUUUAUGCUCUUUCAGAUUUCCCCUGAAGUAUAUCAGUACACCCAAGUCAAAAUAUUAUUUCCAAAUAGCCUUAAAUGCAAGUAACCUCCAAGAAUAAAUUGAAAGUGAGACGACCAUGUGACGGCAUAUUCUUUUAUCGUGUCUACUCUUUGACUGAUCCAUGUUACCAAAAACUGGACUUGAUCAGAAGGGAAGGGAAUGGUGGCUCUCACUGGAAAUGAGACCCUAACAGCUAUUUGCAUCUAAGGUUAACACAAACUCAUCUUGGGCAGGAUAGUCUCUGAUCAAAUGGGGUGAAGAAAUGCUACUGCAAAGGAAUGUAUACUUUUAGAUAAUUGAUUUUUUGCUGUGGAGUUUUUGUUGACCAGAGUACUUUGUUGAAUAAAGUGCAACAUGCAUGGAACAUGAAAAUAA